AUGAAUCGCAAGCAACGUAGAAAACAAAUAGAAGCUGAAGUAAAGAUUGGUAGAUCUAGCGAACAAAUUUUCACUCCUAAAGACGUUCAAGGUAUUCGUGAAGCUACUCAAAAAUACUGA